AUGCAUGAGCAAUACAGAGUAGACCCAGAGCAAAUACCAGCCAUAGACCCCGGAGAUGAACUGCAAGAACUAAAAGUAUCUCUUCAACUUCUUCAGAAUUUUAACUAUUCACAACUAGAUCUUAAAAAACUGACCACGUAUGGAUUCAAUACCGGUGCCAGUAGAAGCUUGGGCAAGGAGAGAAGUGUGCCAGAUACCAGACAUAAAAUGUGUCUUAAUAAAUUUUACCCAAAAAAUCUACCAACUGCCAGUGUUAUUAUUUGCUUCCAUAAUGAAGAAUUUUAUGCCUUGUUUCGAACAAUAUUGAGUGUGAUAAACCUCACCCCACACCACCUCCUGGAAGAAAUUAUUUUGGUAGAUGACAAGAGUGACUUCGAUGAUCUGAAAGAAAACCUAUACUACCAGCUGGAUGAUUAUCGGGAAAAGGUUAAAUUAGUAAGAACAAACAUAAGACAGGGAUUGAUCCGAGCGAGGAUGAUCGGAGCAAGUCGUGCUACAGGGGAUGUUCUGGUAUUCCUGGAUAGCCACUGUGAGGUGAACAGAAUGUGGCUGGAACCAUUGCUCCUUGCUAUCUCCAAAAAUUCAAAAAUGGUGGUCUGUCCUUUGAUAGAUGUUAUUGAUGAUUUAACUCUGCAAUACAAACCUUCUCCUCUUGUAAGAGGAAUUUUCAACUGGGAUCUACAAUUUAAAUGGGAUAACGUUUACUCCUAUGAGAUGGAAGGGCCAGAAGGACUCACUGGACCCAUCAGGUCACCUGCAAUGGCUGGAGGAAUUUUUGCUAUACACAAGCAUUAUUUUAACAGUAUUGGACAGUUUGACAAAGGCAUGGAACUCUGGGGAGGAGAAAAUGUGGAACUUUCACUAAGGAUCUGGAUGUGUGGAGGCCAACUCUUCAUACUCCCAUGCUCUCGAGUAGGGCACCUCACUAAAGGAUAUCUCUAUAGGGAUUGGAGGUUAACUAAAGCCCUUUUAUACAACAAUCUGAGACUGACAUAUGUUUGGCUGGAUGAUUAUAAGGAACAAGUAUUUGUAAACAAUCCUGGUCUGAAAUUCGCAAACUAUGGAAACAUUAGUGAGCGUAUCGAAUUAAGGAAACGAUUGGGUUGCAAGUCAUUCCAGUGGUAUUUGGACACAGUCUUCCCAGAGUUGGAGCCAUCUCCGAACAAAUUAAUGGAGGCAAGCCAAUGA